GCAAAAGCAAACCACUGGACACAUGCUGCCGCUUUCCAGCUGGUCGCGUAUGUUUUCUUCACACUGGAACCAAAAAACGUGCCAAGGUGUGACAUUUUUGAACCCCACCAACUGGGAGCUGUGCACACAAAUCGUUUUGCCUGUGCUGUGGGAAAGUGAUGAAUGGGGGCCGUUCUGCCCGCGGAGGAGGACCGCUCUCCCUCUGGCAGGCCGGCAGCCUUAUUUAUUACACAGCGAAGUAUAAAACCGCCCCGACCGGCAGCCGCCCUCCUCUCCAGCCCUGGCACUUGCCGGAAGAGACCACGGCGCCCGGAGUCCCAGCCGUCUGCCUCGGGGAGGCUCUGUGGCUCUUUUGAGAACCAUGCUGGGGAGGCAGCUCGUCUGUUGGCACCUGCUGGCUUUGCUUUUCCUCCCUUUUUGCCUGUGUCAAGAUGAAUACAUGGAGUCUCCACAAACUGGAGGACUGCCCCCAGACUGCAGCAAGUGUUGCCAUGGAGACUACAGCUUCCGAGGCUACCAAGGCCCCCCUGGACCCCCCGGCCCCCCUGGCAUUCCAGGAAACCAUGGAAACAAUGGCAAUAACGGAGCCACUGGCCACGAAGGGGCCAAAGGUGAGAAAGGAGACAAAGGUGACCUGGGGCCACGAGGGGAGCGGGGGCAGCAUGGCCCCAAAGGAGAGAAGGGCUACCCGGGGAUUCCACCAGAACUGCAGAUUGCAUUCAUGGCUUCUCUGGCCACUCACUUCAGCAAUCAGAACAGUGGGAUUAUCUUCAGCAGUGUUGAAACCAACAUUGGAAACUUCUUUGAUGUCAUGACUGGGAGAUUUGGGGCCCCAGUAUCAGGUGUGUACUUCUUCACCUUCAGCAUGAUGAAGCAUGAGGAUGUCGAGGAAGUAUAUGUAUACCUCAUGCACAAUGGCAAUACGGUCUUCAGCAUGUACAGCUAUGAGACAAAGGGGAAAUCCGAUACAUCCAGCAACCAUGCAGUGCUGAAGCUGGCCAAAGGGGAUGAGGUUUGGCUGAGAAUGGGCAAUGGCGCUCUUCAUGGGGACCACCAGCGCUUCUCCACCUUUGCAGGCUUCCUGCUCUUUGAAACUAAGUAAAUGUAUGAUUAGACAAACUCCACUUUGGGGAAGACUUAGAGUUGAUGGUUCUACAUGCUGUAUUUAAAUUGUUUUUAUCGGUUACAUUUUAAUCACACUACAGGUACAUCAAUAAUGUGGGAUGACUCAGGGGCUCAGAAGAGUAAACCACAAAACAGUCUUCCAAGUGACCUUAACUGAUAUACCCAGCCACUUUUAUCACUCUCUCCUAGGUACCUAAAAGAGAAUUCCCUUCUUGAUGCAGGUUGGAAAUGAUUGUUCCCAUCAGAGAAGUCAUUUGCAAAGUGUUUCGGCUGCCAUAAUAGCAGCUUUCAGGAACCGCUGAGGUUUGGGGUUCAUCAUUUUAACAUUUCAGAGAACAGGAUGCAGUGGGUAUGAUGGGGCCAGGGAAAGAAUAGGGGUAUUUGCCUAGACCAAGCUACCAGCAGUAUCUAUAAAGCCUAGACAGGGAAGUAACACUUUGAUCCAGUGGGUCAAUAUACAUGAACAAAGUACAGAUAUAUUUUAGUAAUUCCAGAUAGGUUUUAGAUAGCAAAAGUAUUCACUAUGCUCACAAAUAAUUAACUCCUUUUUUAUAAGGACAGCUAUAAUUAAAUCUUGACUUCUAAUGGCUUAUAUUUUUUGAAGUAGAGUUUUCCUGUGAUCCAGAAUUUGUUUGACCAGUUCUGGCUUAUCAGAUUGGCUCUUUUCUAUUGCAUUUCUUAUAUUAAAAUAGAGCUUUCUUGACUCUGCCUUGAGAUAAGUGUAAGUCCAUAUAGUAGAGAUAUUAUAUCACUUUUUUUUUCUUUUUAGGGCCACAUGUGCGGCAUAUGGAAGCUCUCAGGCUAGGGGGUCAAAUGGAAGAUGCAGCUGCCAAUCACAGCCACAGCCACAGCAAUGCCAGAUCCAAGCUGCAUCUGCAACCUACACUGCAGCUUACAGCAAUACAGGAUCCUUAACCCACUGAGCAAAGUCAGGAAACAAACCUGCAUCCUCAUGGAUACUAGUUGGGUUCUUAACCUGCUGAGCCACAACAGGAACUCCCAUAAUCACCUUUUUUUCUACCAGUUUAGAAAUUAUCCUAGUAUGCUUUACACACUGCCAUGUCGUGUUUAAGGAGCUGUAAACUCAAUUAUAUACCGUCAAACUAAUGGAUAUAGAAUAUAAGGGCAUUCCACUUGGAAGACAUAUAAUAAAAUCACUUAGUAGUUCUUAAAAUUAAAAAAUGCUGUAACUUUUUUAAUUGCCAUGUUUAGUCAAUAUUCACAGAGAAGCUGUGCUGCUUAAGUUUUGCCUAUCCCUUCCCAAAAAUCAGUUCUCAAAGGAUUAAAUUAGCCAAGAUGAUAUUCAUGAGAAUGUACUGUAAAUUCUGAUGAUAGUAUCCAAAAUUGGUUUAUGCAAAGAAUCAUUGGAAUAUGCAUUUAUCCUAAUUUUGAAUCAGUAUUUAAAAUGCACUAGAGAGAUGUCCAUCUAAUAAAUAUCACAUAAUGAAUUCCCUUAGAAAUAAGGAGCCCUUAAUUUAUUUUGGUUACAAUUUGAAUUUCCACAAAAGCUCUUUAACUAUGGUGCUUUUACUUGUAUUGAUUACUCUCCAUAGCUAGAAAUGGAGAGAAUGAAUUAGGGCUGCCCUUUUUAGCUAAUUUAGCAUGUUUCACAUUCAGGUCAGUCUUUGACCCUUACCUUUUGAUCUACAAAUAUUUUGGAACUCUUCCUGAAUCCACAUGCGAUGCUAUUUUAAAGUGAAUGGAUAUUAGCCAGAAUGUGCUUGACUGCUAAUAUUUUUGUGAUUUUGUGUAUACUCUCCCUCCCUCACCCUACCAUGGUAUGGGGUCUUGGGGUUGAAGUUUACUUACCAAACAUCAUAGCUUUCCUAGGAGUGCAUUACCAGUAGAUAUCUGAAUGUUGCAUGUUGCCCAAAUGAAAUUUAGUAUCUAAAGAGCAUACAUUACUAGCAAAGUGCCUUGGAAUAAGAUAUUGGCGUGGCUUUAGAUAAAACUGAGGCAAGAAAAAUGUAAUAUACAUUAGAUGGAAAUAAACCUACCUUUGUUAAAUGUACUGUUUUAUAAUGUUCUUAAUAAAGUUGAAUAGUCAAACAAU